AUGUCAGCGCCGGUGUCGGAGCGGGAGCUCCGCGUGCUCGUGCGGGAGCCUUGCCGCUUCGGAGACGCCCUUGCGGUGAAGUACUCGGGAUACCUGGAGUAUGCGGAUGAGCCCUUCUGCACCAACUGCUACAGGAAGGUCCCUCGCCUGAUGAAACUUGGAAAAGACAUUACGCUCUGGGGGCUAGAAGUCGGCCUGCUCACCAUGAGGAAGGGAGAACUGGCGAGAUUUGUCUUUGCGCCCGAUUACGCCUAUGGGAAGCUGGGCUGUCCUCCCCUCAUCCCCCCAAACGCCACGGUCUUGUUCGAGGUGGAGCUGCUCGACUUUCUGGACUCGGCGGAAUCGGACGGAUUCUUUGCUUUGACUGCUGAACAGCAGGGAAUGUUUCCGCUACAAAAGGUGUUGAAAGUGGCAGACACGGAGCGCGAGUUCGGCAAUUACCUCUUCCGUCAGCAGCGCUUCCCGGAUGCCAAAGACAGAUACAAAAGGGCUUACUCCGUCCUACGUCGCAGCCCUUGCAGCGAGGCAGAGCAGUGUCAGAUUGACGCUUCGAAGUUGCUGGUGCUCCUCAACCUCUCACUUACCUACCUGAAACUGGAGCGUCCUGCCCAAGCUCUGACCUAUGGAGAAAAAGCUUUGGAGAUCGACCAAAGAAAUGCCAAAGCUCUGUUCAGAUGUGGCCAGGCUUGUCUCUGCAUGACAGAAUAUGAAAAAGCCCGGGAUUUCCUGGUCAGAGCUCAGCACAUACAGCCGUUCAACCAUGAUAUUAACAACGAGCUGAAAAAGUUGGCAAGCUGUUACAAGGACUACGUGGAUAAGGAGAAAGAAAUGUGCUGCCGGAUGUUUGCCCCCCUCAACUCUUCUCCUGCCUGA